AUGGUCAAUCAACGCAGGAAUGGGGCCUCGCCCCUCAUUGCUCCACGUUCUCUAUCUCAUCUGGAUCUCGAAUGGAGCCGCCAGGAGUCCGGACUCCGUGCACCGGAUACAAUCCUCCGUCUAACCGCGCAAAAUUUCCUUGACGUAAGUUUCGGGUGGCAUCACGCCAUUGAAGACGGUACUGCUGGAAAGAUCUUCCACGAGAAUCUCUUUGAGGUCCUCAAUCGCACGGAGAGAGCGGAGGCACUACCGGAAUUGGCAGGCCACCUCCUUAGCAUCCCUCGGACGUCGACGUUCACAUUAUCACAGGAGCAGCUGGUAGAUCUUCCAAUAUUUCCAGCUUUUCUAUUAGUCUCUGGUUGGGAAAACCUCCGACCUCCUGUCCUACAAGGGCCCGCGUCACCGACCGCGGCCUUGUGGGCACCCAAGCAGCGCUCACCAUACCUGACUCGAAUUGGGAUCAUCCAGAUUCCCCAUCAACCUCUUCAGGGUGUUUUAGAAGCACGCAGAAAGCACCGGACUACCGUCACCAGUUUACUUCAUGCCCUGACCCUCGUUUCCAUGGCGGACCAGCUUUCACUGGAGAAGGCGAAGGCGUUUGCAGGAGAGACGCCAUUUGAUCUGCGUCGCUUCAUAGACCCGGCGAGAUUGGAUGGCGCGGAUCCAAAUGGCGUCUUUGCCUGUCUGAUCUCGACGAUGUCGCACAGUUUCGACACCGGGCUAGUUUCAGCGAUUCGAAAGCAGCUGCAGGAUCAAACAGACGGCACGUUAUCCGAUGGCCUCUCAACUAUUGUUUGGUCGGUCGCAACUAGAGUGAAGCAAGAGAUUCCAACAAGUUGGGCCGCGGGCCGCGAAGAUGGCUGGACGAUUGAGAGCUGUGCCUUCGGCCAGUGUGCCAUAGUACACGGCCCAGCGAUUACCAUUGACGCGAUCUCUACAGCAGAUAAGGGGUUGACUAUCACCGUUGCCUGGCAAAAGAAUGCCGUAGACGACAAGGUCGGCGAACGUCUUUCCAUGGAUUUGAAAAUGUGGCUUCAUGACUUAGGUCUGGAAAUAGCGUAG